AUGGAUUACAAUAAUCAGAUACUUCACAGACACUUCACAGACACUUCACAGAUACUUCACAGACACUUCCUUGCAACGAGAAAAACGGUUUGCACAUUCGUGAUCAGUAUACAAAACGCUAUAAGAAUCGUCUAUUGGGAAUCGGAACACAAAUUAACUGUUCGACAGUGUUAUUUGUUUGAUGGGAUAUGUGAUACUUACGGCGGCGCAACGGCUGUGCAGCGUCCUCGUCAUUUUCUGGCUACUGCUGCAUUGGGUGUUGUUGUUGUUGCUGCUGCUGUGGCUGUUGCUGCUGCUGCUGUGGCUGUUAUUGCUGCUGUUGUAGGUGUUGUUGCUGCAACAGCGUUUGUUGUUGCUGCACCUGCUGUUGCAACGUAUGUACCUCCUGGUGCAUCAGCUCCUGUUGGCGCUGCUACGGAAGAAACAAAUUUGAAAACAAAGUUAAAAAAAUUAAGAUAUAAAUUUUGGGGCCGAUGGCAGUUGGCAAAAAGGCGUAACGAUUUAUUCUUAAAUCAGAACCAAAAUUGGCUUUUAGGAACUGCAGAUCUGCCAAGAGCCAAAAACAAAGAUGGACGACCAAAGAAAUCGUUUACCGAUUUAUCUGAACGCGGUAAAAGGAAACGGACAGAACAAAUGCGGAGAACUGUGGACACUGAGGAGUUACGGUUUGCCAUGGGAUCGAAGUUACGCGAAUCAGGACAAUUAGAAGCCUCUAAAUUGGUGCACGAAAUAGCAGCAUCUCCAACUAGGGCGAAUAAAUUUAGAAGGGCAUAUAUGGACAAUUUGCUAAACCAAAGAAAAGAAACAUUAUCCUUGUUCAAGGCUUUAGCUAUAUAUGUCGAUACUAAUUUAUCACGAACUCAAUAUGAGGUGAUUCGUACAAGUGAUACGAACCUUUUUCCAUGCUAUUCUAAACUUCAAGCAGCCAAAAAAGACUGCUAUCCAGUGAAAGAAGCAAUUAAAGUGUCAGCUACUUGUGCCGAGGUGAACUUACAGGACCUAUUAAAUCACACGGCACUAAGGUUAUUAACCUAUUUAGGCGAAAUAAUUGAACAAUUACAUCAAAGUGAUGGUGCUUCGUUUGAAUUAAUAUUAAAGUGGGGAUGUGAUGGUUCGCAGCAGAAGGAAUAUAAACAGAAAUUUGAAAAUGAUACAGACUCUGAUGCACAAAUUUUCCAGAGUUCGAUGGUUCCCUUGCGACUGACUUCAGGCAAAAAUGUUGUAUGGCAAAAUCCAACGCCAUCCUCACCUCGCUACUGCCGACCAAUUCGUCUGCAAUUCGUAAAAGAAACGUCUAAGAUUAUUCAGGAGGAGGUGAAUUAUGUUCAAGACCAGAUUAAUAAUUUACAAAUUAUCAACAUUGGAGAACAUGAAGUAAAAUUUACCAUGAAAAUGACCAUGGGGGAUGCAAAAGGAUGUAAUGCCAUCACCAGUACAUUAUCAACGAUGAGGUGUUAUAUUUGCGGAGCCACAUCAAGCACUUUCAACAAUUUGUCAGUUACGAAAGAAAUUGACCCUGAUGCAAUAAAAUUUGGUUUAUCGAUAUUACACGCUAGAAUACGGCUCUUCGAAACAUUAUUGCAUUUGGCACAUAAACUGCCAAUAAAAAAAUGGCAGAUAAGAACUGAAACGGAUAAAAAUUUAGUAAACUGAAGAAAAAUAGAAAUUCAACAUAAAUUUAAAACGGAAAUAGGUUUAAUAGUCGAUAUACCAAAACAAGGCUACGGUAAUGAUUCGGAAAUAUGUUAUUUGUUACUAUUAAACUAUGUACUUUUUAUUACAAUAAUUUUAUGGCUUAUAAUAUUAUGUGAUAGGGAAUAGUAAUGAUGGCAACAGCAGUCGCAGAUUUUUCAAAAAUCAUGAACUGUCAGCUGAGAUUACAGGUGUAGAUUUACACUUAAUAAGGAUUAAAAUUAUUUUGGAGGCUAUAUCAAGCGACUAUGAGAUUGAUGUAGAGAAAUUUGAAAUUUAUGCCACAGAAACAGCAAACCUGUAUGUUCAUUUGUAUCCGUGACAUCCAAUGACCCCAACACUGCACAAAAUAUUGAUUCACGGUUCAUUGAUAGUGCAACAUGCAUUAAUACCAAUAGGUCAGUUAUCUGAAGAAGCGGCAGAAGCACGAAACA